CUUAUCGCAGGAGACUUCCGCGGGAUUCCGGAAAUUCAGGAGACUGAGAAUAACGCCUGGCGCAUGGAGAGAUAUCUAGACUUUACUUCGUUCGUCACUAAGGUUCUAUAGCCUUCCGGCAUACCUCGUCUGAAGUAUAGGCAGCGCCGUGGGGGUAUAUAUUUCUCCCAUUUCUGCCUCUGCAACAUAGCAACAAAGUCUUGUCAUACCUCAACCAGCAUCAAGUCGUCCCAUCCCACACACUAUGUCAACCGAGACUCGUUACCAACCACCACCCGGACCGCCUCCGAACCACCCCGAGUACGGCGCACCGCCUACGGCACCGCCUUCGGCACCGCCACCGCCCGGUCCGCCCAACAACACUUAUUACCCCCCGGGCUCGGGUUAUCCCCCUGUCUGGGGCUAUCCGGCUGGAGCUGCACCGCCACAGUCCAUGCAGUACUCGGCUCCGCUGCCGCCGCAACAGCCUGCUCCAGCCACACAGAAAAACAUAAGCGGAGAGGAGGAAUGCUGCGCAGGGUUACUGUCAGCGUUCGCGUGCUGUUGCUGUCUGGAUUUACUGUUGUAAUUGCUGUCGAAUUGAGAGGGUGGACGCUGCUUCGGGCAAGUGGGUCUUUUCGGUGGCUUGUCACCUUGUGGACAUUUGCAUCGAGGCGGCAUAUGCGAGGUGUCGAUGACAGAUGCGAGUAACUGAGAGCAACCAUGUAAUUUUACUAGUCAAAGACACAUAGUGCAUUAACGCGAGCUGCAUAAUAUCAAGUGGC